UUAGAAACCAGAACCGGAAGUUUAGAGCAGCGAACUUGUGCAGUCGAAAUGGUACGGUUACAUGUGAAACGAGGCGACGAAAGCCAAUUCCUAUUUGAUACAACUGUUACCACACCUGUGGAUGAACUGGUCAAACAAAUUACUGACAUUUAUAAUGGGAGGCUUAAAGUUGACAGAAUAUGUUCAGAAAUUGGAGAACUGGCAGAGCAUGGUAUUACAUUGCCACCCAACAUGCAAGGACUAACUGACGAGCAGAUCACAGAUCUUAAAUUAAAGGACGAAUGGGAAGAUAAAUGUGUACCUAGUGGGGGGAGUGUCUUUGAAAAAGAUGAUAUCGGAAGGCGAAACGGACAAGCCCCAAAUGAGAACAUGAAGCAGGUUUUGAAGAAGACUGUAGAGGAAGCAAAAGCAUUAAUAUCUAAGAAACAAGCUGAAGCAAAUGUAUGUGUUACUAUGGAAAUGGUGAAAGAUGCUCUAGACCAGCUGCGAGGUGCUGUGAUGAUAGUGUACCCUAUGGGAUUGCCUCCCCACGAUCCCAUCAGAAUGGAAUUUGAGAAUAAAGAAGAAAUCUCAGGAUCUCAUGCAGGGCAGCUUGUUAUUGAGGAACCAGAAGCGCAGUUGUGGUGGGCUGGAAAAGAAUUACUGAGAAAGCAGAAACUUUCAGACUUUGUGGGCAAAAAUGAGAAAACAAAACUUAUUGUGAAGAUACAAAAAAGAGGUCAAGGAGCUCCAGCUCGUGAGCCAGUUGUUUCUGAAGAAGAGCAAAAAAAGAUGAUGCUGUAUUAUCAUAGACGGCAAGAAGAACUCAAGAAACUUGAAGAAGAUGACGAAAUAUCAUAUAUGAAUGCGGAUUGGUCAGACAGUCAUGCUUUAAAAAGACAGUUUCAAGGAGUAAAGGAUAUAAAGUGGAGACCGAGAUAGAAGACACUUGUUAUUUAUGGGAAUCUUGCUGUAAAAUAUAUUAAUAAAUUAUCUUUUUAUUUGCA